AUGAAGCUAUCUACAGCUCUCAGUGCAGUCGCGCUCCCCUUCGCCCAAGCCCUUAAUCUUGGCGGCCGUCCUUACCAAAUUAUCCAUGACCGCGCCACCGCUCUCCAGGACUUUGUUACCUGGGAUGAGCAUUCACUGUUUAUCCAUGGCGAGCGGGCCAUGAUGUUCUCGGGCGAGUUCCACCCGUUUCGUCUGCCCGUGCCGUCGCUGUACUUGGAUGUCUUUGAGAAGAUCAAGGCGCUUGGGUUUAACAUGGUUUCCUUCUAUGUGGAUUGGGCGCUGCUCGAGGGCAAGAAGGGAGAGUAUCGUGCGGAUGGCAUCUUCGCCUUGGAGCCGUUCUUUGACGCCGCUACCAAGGCUGGCAUUUAUCUGCUGGCUCGACCGGGUCCGUAUAUCAAUGCUGAGGUUAGCGGUGGCGGAUUUCCCGGGUAUUUGCAGCAGUUGAAGGGGAUUUUGAGGUCGUCGGCUCCUGAUUUUCUGAAUUCAACUGAUAAUUACAUGGCUCAUGUGUGUGCCACCAUUGCCAAAUAUCAAAUCACAAACGGUGGACCGGUCGUCCUCUUCCAGCCUGAGAACGAGUACUCGUCCGGAAGCAACAUUCCGUUUCCGAAUGGACAGUACAUGCAAUAUGUUAUCAACCAGGCCAGACAUGCGGGUAUUUCAGUGCCCAUGGUUAAUAACGACGUUGGCCCUGCGGGCAAUUACGCUCCUGGAAAGGGUGUUGGAAGCAUGGAUAUCUAUGGACAUGAUAGCUACCCCCUCGGGUUUGAUUGUGGAAACCCCACGGUGUGGCCUGCGAACGGACUUCCCACCAACUUUCACCAACUCCAUUUCCAAGGAGGCGCCUUUGAUCCGUGGGGCGGCUGGGGCUUUGAAAAAUGCGCAGCUCUAGUCAACCACGAAUUCGCACGAGUCUUUUACAAGAACAACUUGGCAGCUGGAGUGUCGAUUUUCAGCAUCUACAUGAUCUACGGAGGAACAAACUGGGGCAAUCUCGGUCAUCCAGGCGGAUACACCUCGUACGACUACGGCGCGUGCAUUCGAGAAAACAGAGUCAUUGACCGUGAAAAGUACUCUGAAGUCAAACUCGAAGGCCAGUUCGUCAAAGUGUCGCCGGGUUACAUCACUGCUGCUGUAGGCACAGCCUCAACAACCGCAUACUCCAACAAUCCCGGCAUCACCAUAACGCCCCUGACGUCCAACGGCACAGGGAAUUUCUUCAUUGCCCGUCAGACAGACUACACAGCUACCGGAAGCGUCUCAUACACGCUUACUCUGCCCACCACCAAUGGAACCAUCACGAUCCCUCAGCGCGGCGGAAGCUUGUCCUUGCACGGGCGAGAUUCCAAGAUUCAUCUGACGGAUUAUCCAGUAGGUGACUACAAGCUGGUGUAUACAACUGCAGAGGUGUUCACUUGGAAAAAGUAUGCCGACAGAACGGUAUUGGUACUGUACGGAGGACCAAAUGAAUUACACGAAUUCUCCGUCAACGCUCCCUCAGCCGCCAAGGUCAUGCGUGUCGAGGGAAUCAGCGUGUCGCCUCAUGCACAGGCUCUCUCAACUGUAGUUCAGUGGAAGACGUCGUCCAAGAGACAGUUUAUCCAGAUUGGCGACUUGGCAAUCUACCUCGUUGACCGCAACACCGCCUACAACUACUGGGUUCCCGUCAUCCCCGGUCCCAAAUCCUCCGAGUACGGUACAUCGCUCAUGAAUCCAGACGCAGCAAUCAUCAACGGUGGCUACCUCAUCCGCUCUGCCUCCGUCACCGGAAACACCCUCUCCGUCCGCGCCGACUUCAACACAUCCACGCCUCUCGAAGUCAUCGGCAUCCCCAACGGCGUCACCAAACUAUCUGUCAACGGCAAGAAUCUCAAAUACACCACCUCCUCGACAGGCACAUGGGUUUCCCAGCCGGACAUUACCAUCCCGGCUCUCCAACUCCCCGACCUCAACAAGCUCUCCUGGUACCAGAUCGAUUCUCUGCCCGAAAUCACCUCCAAAUACGACGACUCCAAGUGGACAACUGCUUCCCAAAAGCCUACGAGCAAGCCCCAAGCGCAUCAUGACAGAUCCAAUGCCACUCUGGCGGCAGACUCGUCGCCGGUGUCUCUCCACGGGUCAGACUACGGCUUCAACACGGGAACCCUCCUCUUCAGAGGGCACUUUACUGCGUCUGGGAAAGAAUCCUCCUUCAAGGCAUGGACGUCCGGCGGCACAGGGUACGCCAGUUCGGUAUGGCUGAACGACCGCUUUGUCGGGUCCUUCAAGGGCAACGAUGACGCCGAGAACCAGAAUUCCACGUAUUCCCUGCCGAAUCUCACAGCGGGCAAAGCCUACAUUCUCACAGUGGUGGUAGACUCCAUGGGAUUCAAUGAAAACUUCAACCCCGGCUACGAGGACAUGAAGGUACCCCGUGGCAUCUUCGAAUACACACUCUCCUCUCCUGACGGCGCCCAAACAAACAUCACCACCUGGAAAAUCACUGGCAAUCUCGGUGGUCAAAACUACGCCGACAAGCACCGCGGUCCUCUCAACGAGGGAGGCCUCUUCUUCGAACGCCAAGGAUACCAUUAUCCGUCGCCGCCCCUGGAUUUCUUCACAAAGGGCUCGCCGUAUGACGGCGCCGAUCACGCUGGUAUCACGUAUUAUGUCACCAAGAUGGCGCUGGACUUGCCUACUGAUAAGUACGAUAUCCCGCUUUCGUUUGUGUUCACCAAUGCGACGAAAUAUGGGGAUUACAGGGCCCUGCUUUACGUCAAUGGAUUCCAAUUCGGCAAGUAUAGCAGCAAUAUUGGUCCGCAGACCGAGUUCCCCGUGCCGGAGGGCAUUCUCAACUACAAUGGGGAUAACUGGAUCGGUCUGGCGGUUUGGUCGUUGGAUAAUACCGGUGCAAGGGUGCCUGGGUUUGAGGUCAAGGCUGGGACUCCUGUGCAGUCUUCCCGGAAUAAGGUUGAACUUGUUACGGGACCGUCGUAUUCCAAGCGUCCAGGGGCGUAUUGA